CAGACCGCAAAGCAUGGCUAACACCGUCAAUGAGACACACCAGCUAGUUUGACCAAUCCACACCAGCCUGCACCAAGCAGGCUGGAAAUUUGCACCUUCUGCACCAAAAAAAUCCUUGAACUUUUGCUACAGAGUUUAUAAGUUUGCUUUUACAAGACAAGAUGGCAAUGAAAAGUCCAUUUUGCCUUGGCCAACCUUGUUAGCAUUGUGUCUCCUAUUGUGUCUCCAUCAUUUCUUCAGACAAUGCUGCAACAGCACAGCAUUUCAGCAUGGUACUUCUAAAAGUGUGCACUGACUGAUGCAAAUUCUACACCACUGUGGUAAAUUCGCACUGCACCUUGCACUGACAAGUCAAGAACAUCAUUUAUCAGUGGCAUUGCAAUUACUAAAAUGAAGAUGACUGAUAAGGCAGCUGAAGACGAUGGUGGUUCGGAAACCGGAGCGGCGACUGGCCGGCGGCGCCCUCAACAAGACGCUGACGCCGCAGGAGCUGUCCGACUGUGACGACAUCGCCACGGCGCUCACCAUCGACCCCUACCUGGGUUUCAUCACGCACAAAAUGUGCACCACGUACCAGCCGCCGCGGCUCAACACCAGCGAGCUGCGCACCAUCAUCGACGCGUUCUGCAGCGACCAGGACUAUCAGCUCGCGCACAAGCGGCUGUUCCGGUCGAACGCGCUGCAGCAGCUGCUGGCCUUCUACAACCACCGCGUCAACAUGGACGACCUCAGAGAACAUGUGCUCAAGUUUCUGGCGGUGCUGAGCGAAGACUCGGGCGUGGCCCUGGAGGUUUGCACCCGGUACUCAAUGGAGGACAACGCCGGCGCGCGGGUCUGCGCCACACGACCCUGGAGUCGAAACAAGGAGAUCCAGUACCUGGUGGGCUGUAUCGCGGAGCUCUCCGAGGAGGAGGAGAACCACUUCCUUCAGCCGGGGAAGAACGACUUCAGCGUCAUGUUCAGCACCAGGAAAAAGUGCGGUCAGCUGUGGCUGGGACCGGCCGCCUUCAUCAACCACGACUGCAACGCCAACUGCACGUUUGUGGCCACCGGCCGCAACACGGCCACGGUCCGUACCGUCCGCGAGAUCAAACUCGGCGAGGAGAUCACCUGCUUCUACGGCAGCGACUUCUUCGGCGACAACAACUGCUACUGCGAGUGCGAAACGUGCGAGAGGCGGCAGAUGGGAGCGUUCGCGCCGGCGGCGGGCUCGACACCCCCUUCGGACGGGUACCGGCUGCGCCACUCGAGUCGACGCCAGGAGGGCAGCACGUCACCGACGGGUGGCGACCGGCUCCAGGCCACCGUCCACCAGCUCCGACAGCGCGGCAUGACGCGCUACGACGCGCGCAUCAUCGCCGAGCAGCGGCUGAGGCUGCGCGACCCGGAGCCCGCGGGCGGCCCGUGCACCCGGCCGCGCGCGCGCACCCGCCGCCUGCCGGCGCGGAUCCGCGCCAGUCCGCAGUGCCCGCGGCCGCCACCCCGCCUGCUCCGGUACGAGCCAGACGAGCCAGCCGGCAGCAGUCCGUCCAGCGACGACAGCGCCUCUAGCGGCGACCUGCGCUACCAGCUGGUGCGGCUGGACGCCGGCAGCGGCGGCUGGCGGCGGCCGCGCCGCGUCACCAGCAAAAAGCCCCGCCGCCGGCUGCCCGUCGACUUCGACAUCAUCCAGGUGCUGGGCUGACGUCGCGCGUCGCCGCGGGCGCGGAAGGUCAUUCCCUAGCCUCAGUACAACAAUGGAAUACCUCUGCCGCGCGGCCGCGCUGGCCGGGCGGGCCGCGCGGUCGUGUAUACCUCCGCUGUGCAUACCGCUGCUUUUGCAGACUGUGUUCAGACGUGCCGGGGAGGGCGCGCUUCCGGGUUGGUCCAGGGCUCUACUGGCGGCGGGGUGGCGCGACUCGGUGCCACCCCGCCGCUUCUCGGCAAUUCGCGGUCCGCGCUCUCGUGCGCGCCUUGUUUCGUUCGCUGCGCGCGCGAGCUUGCCGCACGGUCGGUGAGCAAGUCUCCUAUUGAUCUCAUCGUUUCGAGGGAGAGGCUGACUUGCUGUCGACGUGACAUGGCUCCUGCGGACGUCCAGAGGUGUGCUCAUAGUUGUACGCCAUAUGAUCGAAUAGAGUAGCCGCGCGUUUCUACCUGUUGUAUAGUUUAGUAGAUGAUCUUGCUGCUGACUGGUUACCCGCUCGCAGACAAUCACUUUGGCGAACAAAUCACGCUCGAGGUCGGACCAGUAUUUAUUUUGGGUGUGAAUGAGGUGUAUGAAAUCAGGUGAAAUUCCAGUGAGGGAUCAAUAUGAAUGUCUUGCGAGGAAUGGGUAUUCGCAUGUGUUUCAACGCUGGGAGGAGGGUCCUUCUUCAGGCACUCUGGUCUCGAUCGCAGGUGGUCUUGCCUUUUCAUGUUGACAACGUUCUCAUUGCCUGAAUUUCUGCUAGGUCUCUGCAAACGAGUUGUUUGGAUAAUAAAACUGUACAUAUGCAAA